UUCUAGUUUUAGGGAAGCACACAUCAAACUUCAGGAGGACAACGUUGGAAUUCUUUGCCUUUAAAGUCCCAUUUAAUUCAUGUUGAACACACUCAUACCAACAUGACCAGUGGAAAGAACCAAAUACAGAUGCCUUGGCAAAUUUGAUCCCUAACUUGCAUUUCAAAGAAUACAAAUGCACAAACUGACUUUCAGCUAAACACUAUAACUCAAACCAGCACUAAGUUUCUCAUUGAGAUUUUAUUCUAUUUCAGCAUACUGUUUGUUUUUUUUUUUUUCCCACUCUGCUGAAAGUAAGCAGGCUAAUUUGAAAGACUUACAUGGAUUUAAUUUUAGAUGCACCAGCUAAUUAAGCUGGAAGUCCUGAUGUAGCCCUUCUGUUACUGGCACCAGUUGCCUCUACACACGCCACCGUUUGUGCACCUGAUGCUGUGCCACUGCACUACUGUGCAGUCCAGGCAAAGAGAUACCAGUAUUUAACAAAAAUAUUACAUUGGGAAGCAACUGUGGAUAAAAACAAGAGACACCCAAAAGUAAAUGUGAGCUUUGUACAAUAUAUGCUGUGUAUUUUAGGGUACACUCAGAUAUUGUUGUAACACAAGCCAUCCAAGCUGCAGCUGUUAGUCAGCCAUUAUUUUAAAAGGAACUAAUAAGAGAUUUUUAGAGCUUUCCAUGACUAUAUUUAGCACCUUAGAACUUUUAAUUAUCUUGGAGGUGGGAGAAUCUUAAUUUCUUAGGAACACAGACUUGAUGAAAAUGUUAAUACCACACAUACUUAUAUUAAAACUUGUUUAUAUCUUUAAAUACUUUUUUUUUCAAUUUGUCACACAGAGUAUACAUGCACACGUGGUAUAUGAAUCUUGAUCAAAAACUACAGAUAUACCAAAGUGUACGCUAGAUGUAGGCAUGUAAUGACAAGGUAUUUUAAAAAGAUCUACAUAGUGGUCAUUUUUGAGUGCAAACUCAAAGACAAUUACUUAAAAUCGAAUCUGUAAUGAAAAUAAAUAUAGUAAGUCCUUACCAGAUGUUGAGCCACAGCUAGGUGAUAUUUGUCUACUUGCACAAAUGCACAUGUUAAGAUGGGAGCACAAUCCAUCACCACAGCCAUUUCUACAAUUUGCUGAGAAAGAACGCAAUUAAAAUGGCAGUGAUUAUCAGUAACUACAGGAGAAAAAAAAAGAAAGCUAAAGGUAUCUUAAUAGCUUCCUCUUUCUAAAAACAAACAACAACAAAACAACAUCACUUGAAUGCUCAGUUCAUUGGGACAGUUAAUAUACAUGCAAAAGCAAUAAUCAGCUAAAUAAAGCACACUGGAUUUUAGUAUUAGACAAAAUUAAAGACAAAAAUAAAUAUGGCAUAUUCAAAGACUAGUCUGACCACUGAAAUCAGAAAUCAACUCUGUCGCCAAUGGGAAAUACCAGCCUAUUACACAAUUAAUAUAACAUUUUUUAAAUGACCACAAGACCUGUAGAAAACUUUACUAACAAUCCAAUAACUGAAUGCAUGUAAACAAUAUAAAUGGUAAGCGCCAAUUUACGGUUUGUCUUUACUGUCAUAAUUGCUAUUUUCAAAGCAUUUUAGGGUCUCUUUUAUCUAAGAUGAUCCAUCCUUAACACAAAACUGUUUUCUGGGAAGUCUGUGUCCAAAUGCUGAGUUUUGCAGAGUUUGUGUAGUUCGAAAAAAUAGUUUUCUAUACUCAAAUACUUCCCAAUAGUCAUGUACAAACUAACUUCAUAAAAAUCUCAGUACUGACAGUACUGACAAUCCCACCACUAAACCACGCCCCUACACACCACAUCCACACGCAUUAGAGAUCCCUGCAGGGACAGGGCCUCCACCACUUCUCUGGGAAGCCCCUUCCCGUGCCUGACAACCCUGUCUGUGAAGGAAUUUUUCCCAAUAUCCUAUCUAAACGUCCCCUGGCACCUCUGGAGGACACUUCCUCUCACCUUCUGCCUUCUUCCUUGUCAGCCAAACCCAACUCCCGCCUGGCUCACACCUCCUGCCCGCAGCUGCGCAGUGCGGUCAGGGCUCCCCUCUGCAUCCUGCACUGCAGACCGAGCCCUCCAGCUCCCUCAGCCCUUUCCUUUCUCCUCCAGCCCCUUCCCACCUCCACUGCCCUUCUCCGGAUGUGCCCUAGCCAUUCAGCGUCUUUCUGGGAGUGAGGGGCCCAACACUGAACCCGGCAUCUCAGCUGCCGUCUCUCCACGGCUGAAUCAGCGGGAUGAGCCCCUCCGUCCUCCUGCUGCCCACGCUGGCUGCUAACCAAGCCUGUGGUCCCAGUGCUGAUUCCGAGUCCCGAAGCCCCUGACUCUGCCUCUUCCUUCAAGGAGCCCUUGCCCUCUGCUUCCAAGCAAAGGGCUGCUGCAGGCAGUCACCUUGCGGAGGCGGCAGCGCAGGGAACGCCAUUCUCCUCUGGCUCCGGCCUCCGCUCCAGGCUCUGGCUGCUCUGGAUAUUCCCAGAGUGAAGCCAAGCGAGGCAUUUGCACCAACAGAUACGUGCACGCCUCGGCUCCCUCCUGCCUUCCCCACAAGCAUCUACAAGCUCGGAGUGGGAUUUCCCACCUAUUAAAGACUGAGCCGCUCUGUUCCGGCAUGGCUGACUCCGAGACGUGCUCGUGCGCGGCUGUGGAAGCAUAUCUGGAUGGUCCAUGACCUUCCCAGUGGAAAAGGGAGCGAUUUGGGAAGCGGGCAAUGAGGGAGCGGCAGUGUUAGCAGCUAGCGGGGUUGGUUUUCCGCUGCCUGGCAUCACCGGAGGGGUGAACGGCAGGGUUGGGAUGAUGCCGCAUGCGGGCCGGAAUGAAGCGGCACCUGAACGGCCGGUAGAAUCCUGGCCGGACCCUGCUGGCAGGGCCCAGCUGGGCUGACAGGGCAGCGUUGCCAGGGCUCCACACAACAUUCAACGGUCGAGGGGCUGGUAGCUUGCUGCCCUUGCUGCUGCUGCGAGCAGAGCCCACGAGCCCUUCAGGCGCUGAUGGAGCCCAAGCCAGCUCUCAGCAUGGAUUUGGGACAGGACGAUUCCUGGGAUGGCACGGUGACGCAACGCGUCAACGUCGGAGCUGAAUUCCAGGCAGAGCUACCGGCUCUGCGGGACAGGCCUCACUGGCAAAACGAUGAGGAGGGAGCAGCGCUGGUGUGGAAGCCCUGGGGGGACAUCGAAUCCAACCCGGAAACACAGCGCAGAGGUUUCCUUAAUGCUUUUUGUUCCCCAAGGCCACCCUCAGAUGCAAGGCUUCCCCAUUCCCACCUUUCCGCAGCACCUCUGGGCACCUUGGGGUUCUCUCCUGUCUUUCCCUCAGCACCAUCCAAGCCGGCAGCUGUAGAGGGAAGGGGGCUCCCUUGGGCAAGAGCGGGGAAUCAAUCAGCUCCCUGGGGACAUUCAGAGCCAUCCCAUCCCACCUGCAGUGGCCCUGGAAUAGGGCAGAUUUGUCCCUGGGGUUGUCAGUCCCAAAGCUUUUCCUAAGGCAGGGAGAGGGACUCCCGGAGAGCUGGCAGACGGGGCUUUUUGCUGCCACACUCUGUCCUCCCCAGUCUCUCCGUGGCCUCGUUCCGCUUUCCCUCUGCCAUUCUCCCACCGUUUCCUGGCAGAACCUGACUUCCUGUUUUUUCCCUCUCCUUUGUAGUCACCGAGCUGCUCACCACGGCCUGCUCUGGUGUAGUGCCAGCGGGAAGAGGGAACGCGGAGCUAGCACUGCACUGCCUGCACCAAACGCGGGGCAACAUCCUGGUAAGCAGGCAGCUAUGGAAUGCUGGGAAUGAAGGAGCUGCCCUGUUUGGGGAAAUGCCGAGGUCUGGAUAAACGCCCCGCGCUUGGCAAGUCCAGCGUCCCUGGGCGCCCGGUGCUGAGCAAACACCUCCAGCCUGGCCCCGGUGGAGCGCAUUCUCUCUUCUGUAACAACACUUGGAUGGAGUGGAGGGCUUGGCCUUUGCCGUGAGGAUGAGUGGCAAGUGACUGCGGCAGAGAGGAGUCUUCUCCCAGAGGUGCUGGCAGUGGCAUGCCACGGCUCAGUCCCCAAGGAUCUGCCUAGGUUCUACAGCCUUAAGCGGACCGAGGAAGUACUUGCCUAGACUUCAGCAGGAUGAGGUGAUCCCAAAGCGCUGCUCCUGCGCAUGGACCAGCCGGAACUGCUGAAGGAGCACCACAGCUGGAAGCAGGUAUUCCCCUCUUUGCUCCUUUUGGAAUCUAAGCCUUUUCCCUUGAAAUCUUGCAGCACGCUAAGGAAUUGCUGUGUUCCGGAGGACCUGGGAAGCUGGAAUCCCAUCCCCUGGCGGAUUAUCAUUACACAGGUAAGUUGGGAUAGAGCCUGUGCCUUCACCUGCAAUGCUGGUGGAUACAGCAGUUCCCUGUCUGCAUCCCUAUCGGAAGCAUUUAACGGGCGGCAAACCAUCUGUGUUCUACGCGGCUAGAGAAGCCGCAGCAAAGCAGUCCGCUUUUAGGCAUGCGGACCUUUUUUGCCAUGGGAAGUACCCCGUCCUUGGGGGUCAGCCACUGCUUUCCGUGCCGCUGCCCAGCAGUGGCUCCCAACGGGAGAAGCCCCAGGAAACCAGGCCAAAUCCUGCACGUGCUGGGUCACUCCCUUCCAACGCAGGAGAGAACCCAGUCCGUGAGGAACCGUAGCCCUGUGAGCGAGCUGAUCCUUUCCUCUUUAUUGCCAGGCUUGGACACCUGGACAGCGGAGGAGGAGCAGCUCUUCCGGAUGGCUUUCUCCAGAUGCCGGAAAGAUUUCUACCGCAUCCAGAAGAAGGUGCAGACCAAGUCCGUAGCCCAGUGUGUGGAGUAUUACUACACCUGGAAGAAGAAGUUGGUGUUUGACCGCCUCCGUGCCAAAGCUAAAGCACAGAGGCGCAAGGCAGAGAGGGAUCAGCCGCAACACCCAAAGGAAAAGGCUGUCGCCAGCCCCAGGAAGUGCCGUCGAGUGGCAACAGAGAGCACAGGCACCCCCUCCAGUGAUGCCAGCCAGCCUCCAUCUCACGCGGGAAGCGGAGACGCUCUGCAGGGUUUUCCAUGCCCAGAGUGCGGAAGGGUGUUUGCCAAGAUAAAUGGCCGCAAUGCCCACAUGAAGCGUCAUUGCCCGGAGGAGGACCUGGAUUACCUCCGUAAGGUCCGCUGGCCGCUGAAGCGCCCCAAAACGGAGCCGAAGGCAGAAGAAAGCAGGAUGCUGAUGGCCUUCGAGAGCGGAGACAGCCCGGUUUGCAAGCGGCAAUGAGGGAUGCUGGAAAAACUUGGUGCCAUUGUGUUGGGCAUGUGUUUACAGGAAGAAUUAAAGCAGAAUUCUCUCUCUCUUACUCUGCGUGUUUAAAGCCUC